CGUUCUGACUAAAUGGAUCAGCUGAGAUUGAAUUGACUCAUGUAUUUCAGCAAAAGCAGGAGGAUGUGCGUGCAGAUGGAUGGACCUCUCAUCCACAGCUGACGGAGGAGGAUUACGGAAUCAAUCACCAGAACCUUGGAGGUCUCCUGCUAAAGAAGCAGGAACGUUGAGGGGCUUGAACUUUCCUGUCUUCAGAGAGACACGUGGCUUCCAUCCUUAAGCUCACCUAGGAAUCCAAGAAGGAUCCUGGAGACCCAGCCCACCCAGCCAUGCUGCAAACCUGCAGAAAAGUUUCUACUAACCAAACCAGCUCCUCUGAAAGAAGGUGCUUCAUCAUCUGUCCUCAGGCAAAGGAGAAAACUGCAUGAGAAUCUGCUGCUUCAGCCUCUUGAUCAGAGAUGAAAACAAGCCAUCGGUACAUGUAUACGAUGCUAUCUGGCUUCCUCUGUGUGGAAGGUGCUGAUAGAAAUCAAGAGGGUCCUGUUUGCCAAGACCACAAGUUCCGGAUUGCUCACUCUGGGAAAGGCCAGCUACCAUGUCAGGAGGACCCUCAAGCAGCCCCAAGGAGAGACUCCUGCGAAUAGCCUUGUGAGUGAGCUGUCAGGAAGCAGACCCGCCAGCCCCAGUCCAGCCUUCAGAUGACUGGGGCCCCAGCAGACACCUUGACCUCAUCUCACGAAAGAUCAUGAGCCAAAACCACACAACUGAGUUGCUCCUAAAUUCCUGACCCAAGAAAACUGUUUAAGAGGACGACCCAGAACAAGGCAAGGAUGUCUCUUGUAUGUUGACUCUGAUGAAUCUUCCAACCCAUGAAAAUGGACAACGGAGAGCCACCAGCCAAUGUCAUUACACACCUUAGAUUGACUUAAGCAUCUUAAAGUGUCGAAUACAUGGAUGGUCACCCAGAACCUUGCCUUUAUUCCAGUAGGAAGCCUGGUGGUAGGAGGAGGAGGGAUUAGUGAAGACUCCAUCUCCCACCUUCCUCCAACCUACUUUUGGUUUCUCAUGAGAAGCACCAUUUCUGCCUGAGGCACAUGGAAAGAGGUGUAGCUACAGAUAUUCUCAGUGUCUAGAUGGAGCCCUCAGGCACCCCAGAGUCCACCACCCCUUAUGAUUACGAUUCGCAGAGCCUUUUGUGUGAGACUCAGACCUUCACCUUUGCGACCUUCAAUACCACCAUCCUGUACUGCCUGGUAUUCUUCCUCAGCCUGGUGGGCAACAGUCUGGUGUUGUGGGUCCUGGUGAAGUACGAGAGCCUGGAGUCCCUCACCAAUGUCUUCAUCCUCAACCUGUGCCUCUCAGACCUGGUGUUCUCCUUCCUGUUGCCUCUGUGGGCCUUGGUGUACCACUGGGGCUGGGUGCUGGGAGACUUCUUCUGCAAGCUCUCCAACAUGAUCUUCUCCAUCAGCCUCUCCAGCAGCAUCUUCUUCCUGACCAUCAUGACCAUCCAUCGCUACCUGUCUGUGGUGAGCCCCCUCUCGUCCCUGAAAGUCUACACCCUCCAGUGCCGCGUGCUGAUGACCAUAGCUGUGUGGGUCGUCAGCAUCCUGUCCUCCAUCCCUGAUGCCAUCUUCCACAAAGUGUUUGAUCCUCCGGAAUAUUCAUCAGAACCUUCGAAAUGUGAUUAUUCAGAACUCAAGUGGUACCUGGCCUCGGUCUACCAGCACGUUGUCUUCUUCCUGCUCUCCAUGACGAUUAUCCUGUUCUGCUACGUGGAGAUUCUCAGGACUCUGUGCCGCUCGCGGUCCAAACGGCACCACCGGACAGUCAGGCUCAUCCUCACCAUCGUGCUGGCACACUUCAUCAGCUGGGCUCCCUACAACCUCAUCCUGUUCCUGCAAACACUGUUGAAACUUAAGAUCAUUCAGAGCUGCAAGGCCUACUGGCAGCUGGAUUAUGCCUUGCUCAUCUGCCGUGAUUUCGCCUUCUCCCACUGCUGCUUCAACCCAGUGCUCUAUGUCUUUGUUGGGGUCAAGUUCCGCAGACACCUCAAAAGUCUGCUCCGGCACUCCGGGCUCUGCCGGUCACAGGCGCCCAGCCUUUCCCCAGUACCUCACUCCCCAGGCGCUUUCCACUCGGAGGGCGCCUCCUUCUAUUGAAAGGGAGUUUGGCGCUGCAGGUUGAGAUGGACAGAAGAGAUGGAGGGGGAGCAGAGAGAAGUGGUACAAGAAAGAGCAUUGCAGAAGGCACAACACUGGGGACGCUACGGCUGCAGGGGUGGGAGGUGAAAGAAAUACGUUAUAACAGGAGGUCCUACUGCAGAAAAGGGGCUCCCUGCCUGGAAAUUUUAUGUUGCCAUCAAGAAAAACACUUCUUGGAUUCUGAGUUUGUUAUUCAUUCCUUCAUUUAUUCAUUCAUUUAGACAUGGGUUUGUUAUUAUUACUUAGUUCAGAAGGUUCUAAAACAUAAAAGGAUUCCCAGAAAGGAGCCUCCUUCAAGACUUGAGGAGGGGCUAAAACUCAUGUGUGAUCAUUGUGCAAAUGUAGGCUGCUGGCAAGGCAGUCUCUCCCAUUCCUGACUGUACGGUUGUCCCAACUAAUCUUAGAGAGCAUUCCUCAGUGACGACUGGAUGAGGACAAAAGUACCCACAUCCUCAAAUAAGCAUAGUCAGACGAAAUCUGGAUUCUAAAAACCUACAACUGGACUGGAGAUGUGUUCUGUAUCAUAAUUCCAAUUUCUAGCAUAUGUAGUCCAUAGAUCUUUUAUUGAAAAAAAAUAAUGAAUGCAAUAAGUGCUGCCGUCUGCAUGAAGCAAGUACUUGGAGGAUAUAAAGAUGGACAAGGUACCAAUGCCCAGCUCUGAAGGCCCAGGCUUGCAUCCAUCUUGGUGAAGGCAGCCAAGGGGAAGAUUCCUCCAAUAUCUCAUUCUCUCCCGGUAGCUACUGAGCUGACACUUCAGAUUCAUCAUGUUCCACCUGGAAUGUUCUCCUGCUUGGUUGACGGCACCAGCUUCCCCCCAGUUGCUCACCCUCCAAACCGGAGUGAUCUUCAAGCCAUGCAUUUCCUUUCCCCCCACUCCCAUGGCCAAGUUCUAUUGACUCUGCCUUCCCAGUGCCUCUCAGAGUUGUUCUCGCCAUUGCAUGCUCAUGGAUUCAUCCCCAAUGGCCUCACUUCCUCCGCAUCUUCCUGCUGCUCAUCUCUUUCCCCACCAGCAUCCACUGCAUAAAGCAUUUUCCCCUUCAGUUCCAGCUAUAAUUUCAAUACUCUAGUUGCCAUUGGGUGGCCAGCCUUGGAGGACAUUGACCUUGCUGGGGAAGAGUGAAGGUCUAAUUUUAAGAAUUGGUCAGUAACACCUGCUGGAGAAGGUUGAGUGGUGCACCAGUGAAGGGACUAGCUAACCAAUAGGUGGACCAUCACCCACCAUCUGUGGAAGAAAUAGCCCACCACCUAAGGAAGGAGAUGAUGAGAUGGUUUGGGGGUCUGAGCUAAGCCUGUGGGCUUCUAUCAGGACAAUUUGGCACCCCCUUAAACUGGGAUUACUUAACUUUUGUCCAGCUUUUAUUUCGAUGGCAGGCUGAGGCCAGGGAGCAGAAAAACAGAGGAUUCCAGAUUACACACCCACUUGGCCAAACCAAAGCUCCAUGGGUUUUGAGCCCAUUCUUCUUAGAAGGCAGGCUUAAGGGGUCUUGUAUCACCAGAGAGCAUGGCCUUUGAGAGGCUUGAUCCACUGUCUCCUUACCCCAUCCCAUUCCAUCCAAUCCCAAGAUGCAUAUCUAAGUAUUUCUUUCAACACAUACAGCCAUAGCCCUAGGAGCAGUUCAUGAAAUACAAUCAUGUCCAUCUCUACAUUUCUAGUGAUGUUUUGGCACUCCCAAUAGACUAGCUCUGAAAGUGAUCUUUAACCAAGAGUCUUCUCCUAAUCCAGUUCCUUGGGACUGCAAGGAAAGCGGCAUAGAGACAGAAAGGUAAAAACUGGAAGGUAGAGGGACACCCUAUCAAAAAGGGAGUGUGGGUGAGGCCAGGGACUGUACUCUACAUUCUCUGACCACACCCUUCAUCAGCUACAACCUCCUGCUUUCUUCUCCUUCCACCCACUAAAACCACUGUUGAACCUCAA